CGCGAGAGCGACACACACUCACACUCACAACUGCACUCAGCGAGCCUCGGGAAGGCAGGCCCGCUCCUUGCUCGGGCGCUUUCUCGGCUCCAGCAGGCCGGCUCUCCCAGGGGGCCCGCAGCUCGGCGGGCCGAGCAGCCCCGGACCAGGACCAGCUCGCCGGACCCCCGUGCCUCCAUGGGCAAACGCGGGCGGCCGCGCAAGGAGGCGCGCUGCGAGGGCUCGGGGCUGGUCCCCGAUGCGCCCCUGGUCAUGCCCCCGGCCGCGGCCGCGCCCCAGCCCCCGGAGCAGCCCGAGGAGCCGGCGGGGGCCAAACCCCGGUGCCCCUUCUCGGACAUUUUCAACACGAGCGAGAACUCGAUGGAGAAGCACAUCAACACUUUUCUGCAGAACGUGCAGAUUCUGCUCGAGGCAGCCAGCUACCUGGAGCAGAUCGAGAAAGAAAACAAAAAGUGUGAACAUGGCUACGCCUCAUCGUUCCCCUCCAUGCCGAGCCCCCGGCUACAGCAUUCAAAGCCCCCACGGAGGUUGAGCCGGGCACAGAAACACAGCAAUGGGAGCAGCACUACCAGCACUGCCAACAGAUCUACACACAAUGAGUUGGAAAAGAACCGACGAGCUCACCUGCGCCUGUGUUUAGAACGCUUGAAAGUUCUGAUCCCACUGGGUCCAGACUGCACCAGGCAUACAACCCUCGGUUUGCUCAACAAAGCCAAAGCACACAUCAAGAAACUUGAAGAAGCUGAAAGGAAGAGCCAGCACCAGCUUGAGAACUUGGAACGAGAACAGAGAUUUCUAAAGCGGCGACUGGAGCAGCUGCAGGGUCCUCAAGAGACGGAGCGGAUACGAAUGGAUAGCAUUGGGUCGACUAUCUCUUCCGACCGCUCGGACUCAGAGCGAGAGGAGAUUGAAGUGGACGUUGAAAGCACAGAGUUCUCCCAUGGAGAAGUGGACAAUAUAAGCACCACCAGCAUCAGUGACAUUGAUGACCACAGCAGCCUGCAGAGUAUUGGGAGUGACGAGGGUUACUCCAGUGCCAGUGUCAAACUCUCCUUCACGUCCUAGAGCCCAGCACGACAGCAGUGCAGGGCGACACACCCACCGGGCCAGUUCAGUACCGUCUCUUCAAUUGGGUUCAUGACGCAGUCUCCUUCAAAACUAAACAAAACCAUACUUGAACAAAAGGGUCAGAAGACCUGUAUUUAAGCAAAUACUUAACAAAAAGUGGGGUAGAGCCUCCCCAGUAGAACAAAUACUCAUAUAUUGGAAAGAAUACGGUUCCUAACAGCAGCUGGAAACAUGUAAUUAUCUGGAGUUGACUUAGUUGACUUCUAAGAGGACAGUGGAGAUUCCGUCUCCUUUCCUAGUUUGCUCACGCUGUGUUGAGUAGAUGUUUAAGGGUGGGGUUAUGAACCCUUCCUGAGCUUCUUGGCCCUAGAAACAAAAUCAGACUUAGAGUAAGGAAAAGGCAGGAUAAUCAGGCAUUAAUCUUGGAUAGCUAAAGAGCUCUUAAAACUCAGCCUCAGUUUAUCAUGAAGCCUGUGGAUGAUCAAUUCUUUAAAAAAAAAAUGAAUUUUUAAAAAGCUCAUUUCGUGCUCUACAGAAGGAGAGACUCCCAUGAAGCCUUUCGAAAGAGAUCAUCACGCAGCUCAGCUUUCUGUUGGAUUCCAUGCUAAGCCAGCUAACCUUACCUGCAUUGUUAGCACUAGGGCACCCAACCGCCCGCUCGCACCCUUCAGCAACAUAGGGGCAGCCCAUGCAUGACAGCUGUGUCACAGAAGGAAAAGCUCCAUGUGCCUCUGUGUCUGCGCCGAUCUGAAGAGUUGUGCACGCAGCAUAGCAGGCCAAGGUCUGAGCCACGGCAGCAUUUUUAUUUGAGAUUUUGAUAACUGUUUAUAUGUGUUGAAAACCAAAAUGGCAUCUUUUUAAAGCUUGUCCAUAAGUAAACAUAGAUGUCUUUUAUAGUGGAAAAAACACGUGGGGAAAAUCAUCUAUUUUGAUGCAGCAUUUGAUAACGAUAAAACACCUCACACCUCACUCUUUAUAGUGCACAGAAUGAAUGAGGUCUGGGCGGGGUAGACAAAGGUCAAUGCUGUUUUUGUUUUCUUUUAGGAUCAUUCCCCUUUACCAGCUUCUAACCAUCUGCUAUCCAUAGUAGGCAUACUAUCAUAGUUAACAUAGUUAAGUUCAGCACUUGUCUCAUUUACUGUAAGGUCUGCAUUUUCUGCAGGCGGUCUCCUUCCUCACGAACCCACUGUGCAGGUGCUACUGUUGCUCUUACCAAUCUUUUCAGAAAUGUUAUCUUCUAAGUGAACUUUCUAGCCUGCACUUUGAUGUCAUGUGUUCCCUUUGUCUUUCAAACUCUGAGGUUUCUCUGGGCCUCUGCUUGGCCCUGGGAAGCCUUUCUGGAGACCUUACCCCCAGCUGUUUGGACUUUGUAUUCUUUAAAUAAUUUAACUACCCUUAAUUACUUUUAAAAAAAGCUUUAUGAUUUUCAUAACUUAUUGCUGAUUUUAAUGGGUUGAUAAUUUCAGUCCUGUAGUUUUAUUUUAUGUUUAGAUAGGGCUGGGCAAGGAAAAAGAAAAUAAAAACAACCAUAUUUAG